AUGAGUCAAUUAAAUAAUAAAACCGUGAUGAUGGAUCAGAUGCAAGCUGAUUACAUGAGAGAAAUGAUUGAAAGCUGCUAUCAAGAAAAAAUGUAUAGAUUCGAAGCUAAUUCUUCCAACACAAAAAAUGGUUCCAUUUUCGGUCACAUCGGUCACGUGCCCAUUGCUGGUGAAUCUAUCAUUGAUAAGAUUUCUCUCAGUUCAGAUAAUUCAAUCGAAGUUGAAGAAGAUACUGACAAAUGA